UCAACGUCUUCCAACCUGAACUAUGUGCUGGUGCUCACAAUAUAUCGCAUUAUGCCUCCUGUAUGCGUAUAAGACAAUAGACAAUUAAAAGCUAUUCGGACCAGAAGUCUAUACUGAUUGUGUGGUGAUUGACUAAAAAAACUACGAAAGGCACGUGAUGAAACAGUUAGAAAUCUCCAGUCUUCAAAAACAUUUCUCAUCAUUUAGUCACAAUGUUGAAGCCCCUUACCUUCGUCGUGUUUGGCCUUUCACCGACCACAUUAAUUGGAAAUGCUGGAACAUGUAAAUUUCGACAAUUGUCUUCAAAAGCAGCAAACAUAAUUCCCAAAACACGACCCACGCGAGAGAAAGAGGAGUUUUUGCCAUUCUCUGCAUUUUUGACAGAUAAGCAUGGACGGCAGCACAAUUACCUGAGGAUAUCUGUGACGGAACGGUGCAAUUUGAGAUGUACCUAUUGCAUGCCCGAAGAAGGAGUCCCGUUGACACCGUCUCAAAAACUGUUAUCUGCCGCAGAGAUAGUCCGAGUAGCAAAAACAUUUGUUCAACAAGGCGUCGACAAAAUUAGGUUUACUGGAGGGGAACCGCUUUUGCGGAAGGAUUUGCCCUCUAUACUUGGUCAAAUUUCGGAACUUAAUCUCAAAUCCAUUGGAAUUACGACAAAUGGAAUUUUACUGGCACGAUUAAUGCCAGAAUUGAAAUCAAGUGGUGUGACAUCAAUAAACGUCAGUUUGGAUACAUUGAUUCCAAAGAAAUUCGAAAAGAUAUCUCGUCGUCCUGCAAGCGCUUGGUUCAAAGUUUGGAAAGGAAUUGAGAUGGCCGAGCUGAUGGGAUAUCAUCCACUGAAAAUCAAUUGUGUGGUUCAAGGGGGUGUAAAUGAUGACGAAAUCUGUGAUUUUGUAGAAUUGACAAAAGAUCGACAUUUAGACGUUCGUUUCAUUGAAUACAUGCCUUUCACCGGAAAUAAAUGGGAUUUGAGUCGUAUGGUUGCGUACAAGGACAUGGUGGAAAUGAUUCAGUCACGCUAUCCCAACUUUUCAAAGCUCGAAGAUCCAGUGACGCACACUUCUAAAGCUUACAAAAUUCCGGGUCAUGUUGGCCAAGUGGGGUUCAUUACUUCAAUGUCGGAACACUUUUGCGGAGGAUGCAAUCGUUUAAGAAUAACUGCGGACGGCAACUUGAAGGUUUGUCUGUUUGGAAAUGCAGAAAUUUCCAUAAGAGAUGCCCUAAGAAGUGGAAUUUCGGAAGAGGAUUUGCUAAAUCUGAUUGGACAGGCAGUAGGAAGAAAGCAUCCAAGACAUGCAGGAAUGAUGAACUUAUCAAGCAUGAAAAAUCGGCCAAUGAUCCUCAUUGACCAUGCAAAAUUUAGACCUAUGACAAAGAGACAUGUAACCCCAAAGAGAAGACUUGACAAUUUACAAUUAACCCAACGUAAUAUUAUUCCAAUUACUGCAAUGAAUCAUUACCAACAAGCAUCUGGUUCAUUUUACAAUUAUCAGAACCAUGCACGACUUUUCCAAACGUCCUCGUCAAACUCAUAUUCGAAAGAGCUAAGUCACGUCGACGCACAAGGAAGAGUCAAAAUGGUAGAUGUAACUAAUAAGCAAAUUACGACAAGGGAGGCAGAAGCCGAGGCCCUUGUUCUUCUGAGUGACCUAGCAUUUCAAGCCGUCGUUGAUUCCAAGUUGAAGAAGGGGGAUGUGUUAACGAUUGCGCAAAUAGCAGGAAUCAUGGGGGCAAAACAGACGUCAAACUUAAUCCCCCUGUGCCAUCCCCUUCCGAUAAGCAAAGUCGACGUCCAACUAACUUUAGAAUUCGAACAAAAGGGAAUUAGAAUUCGAACGCUAGCAAAAACAACGUCCAACACUGGAGUAGAAAUGGAAGCUUUAACUGGUGCAUGCAUAGUUUUUGUCACUUAUUUCCUUUUUUCAGCGGCUCUAACAGUUUAUGAUAUGUGUAAAGCUAUAGAUCACCAAAUUAUCAUUAAAGACAUUCAUUUGCUCAAAAAAUCUGGUGGAAAGACAGAUUUUAAAUUCUCUGACGAGAAAUAAGAAUAUUUUAAACUUUAAAAUAAAGACGAUUGAUACAUUA